AUGCCGAUAGUACUCGCCUUCGAAACCUUCCAUUCUCGAGUAGAGACGUCAACUGAGCUUUUUGAAACGUCAUUGGAGGACUGGAAAGAGAUAGUGAAACGGGCUUCAGAAGAAGAGAGUAGGUCUCUGCCUCCGUUGCCAUACCCGGUGGACCAGCCGACUCCUGGUUUGGAUACAAGUGCGCGAUUUCAAUGGUUUGAACCACUGGGCACCGGCACUUACGGCCAAGUCUCCAAGGUCCGCGAGGCAUCCACAAACAGCAUCUAUGCUCAGAAAACCAUCAGGGUCCAGAACAGCAAUCGCGCAAAGAACAUUAUUGAACAACAAGUCAAGAAUGAGGUGACCAUCAUGCACAAGUUGCGUCACCAUCACAUCGCCUCUGUGCUUUUCUAUGUCAAGGACGAAACUACCUUUUACAUCAUUAUGCUCCCGGUAGGUGACUGUGACCUGCGACAUUUUUUGGAGGUGAAUUGUGCUGGCUUUCCUCGAACCGAGACACGGCACCUCGAUCAGUGGUUCGGUUGCCUGGCCUCGGCACUGGCAUAUGCACAUCAGGAGCGAGUCAAGCACGAGGACAUCAAACCUUCAAAUAUACUGAUCCGGGAUCAUCAGCCUUACCUUGCUGAUUUGGUAGCGCGAAAGAUUUCUCCUUGA